AAUUCUACAAGAUUGUCUUGUCCUGUAUUGCUCUUGUAUCCUUCUUAUCCAUUGAAAUCAAGCGGUUUUUUUCAGCUUCUCUUUUGGCCAAGAUCCAUUUCUGUUACUUCUGAACUAGAUCUAUGCAGUUGCCACUUACCCAUCUCUUUUCAAUCUUUCUUCUUUCUGGGUUUGUGUUCUUUCUCUUAUUUACUUUUUUUUUCUUUUUUUCCUUAUUGGCUAAAUGUGUAGCAGGGAAGGUGAGUAAUGGCAGCAGCUGAAGCAAGGGCUGUCUGGCAACGAACAGCUAAUCGUUUCUUUGUCCAAGAAGAUGCCAAAAGAGCUCCCAAGUUAGCUUGCUGCCAAUCAUCGUCUUCCACUAAACAGGCCGAUUCAAGCCCCACCGGUGCAACAGAUACGAAUCAUCACACUGAAACAGAUUCCAUGCCUCUCAACAGGAACCCUUCCUAUUCCAAUCUACCACCUGAUACGAGGUGGUGGCUUCAGCUGCAGCCUAGCUAUGGUCCCAGAAUGGGGUUAAGUUUAACAGAUGAUCAGUUGAAUGCCUUGGAGGAUGAAGUGGAAAGCUUGAAAGCUGAAAUAAACUCCCCUCCAAAGUAAGUAAAGUUCAUCAGCAGGAUUCACAUGAUA